GAAUAGGCAUAUAGAAAUUAUAUAUAGAAUUAUACAGAAAUAGGCAUUUUAUUGUCAAUAUGAAGUGGUUAGGUUUAACAUUAAUAUUAUUAUUUAAUUACAUUUCUGCUGAACCUAACCCAAUAGUGCUAUGGCAUGGAAUGGGUGACACAUGCUGCCUAGCCUACAGCUUAGGGCUAUUCAAAUCGUUUUUAGAAAGACAAAUCCCUGGAGUGUAUGUGCUUUCUUUGAGGAUAGGGAAUUCUACAGUAGAAGAUUUAGAAAAUGGUUACUUUAUGUCUCCAAAUAAACAAGUGGAAUAUGUUUGUGAAGAACUUGCCAAGGAUCCAAAACUUAAAAAUGGUUUUAAUGGUAUAGGAUUUUCACAGGGAAGCCAGUUUCUACGGGCAGUGGUGCAGCGUUGUGGUCAUAAAUUGGGGCCAAUAAAGAAUUUGAUCACACUUGGUGGCCAACAUCAGGGCGUAUACGGUCUCCCUCACUGCUUUGCUUUACAGCAUGAAUCCUGCGACUAUGUAAGAAAGUUGCUAAACUACGCAGCAUAUUACAGCUGGGUCCAAAAAUCCCUCGUGCAAGCAACAUACUGGCACGAUCCUUUAGACGAGGCUACAUACAAAAAAAGCAGCGAAUUCCUCGCUGACAUAAACAACGAAAUGAAAAUUAACCAAACUUAUAUCGACAAUCUGAACAAUCUGGAACACUUCGUGAUGGUCAAGUUUGACGGUGAUAGCAUCGUGCAGCCGAGAGAAACUGAGUGGUUCGGAUUCUACGCUCCUGGACAAGCGAAGAAACUUCUAACCUUACAACAGUCUGCUAUAUAUAAACAGGAUCGUUUGGGAUUAAAGAAAAUGGACGAAGCAGGUAAGCUAGUGUUUCUCUCUCAACCUGGCGAUCAUCUUCGUUUUACAGAAGAAUGGUUCAUAGAAAGCAUUAUAAAACCAUACCUGAUCUAAUCACGCUAAGACUGAUAAGCGUGUUAUAAAAAAAUCUCAUUUAAGAUCCUAUUAUCGAAAUUAAUUAAGUAUAAAGUGCAAUAAUUAACCAGUUAUUGGAUAUUAGUUUGAUAAGUACUAAAUAAAAUUAUGAACUAUUUUAUCAUUUUUUAUAUUUUAAGAAAAAUUGUUUACUGAAAAUUUUUAAGUAAAUACUUCAUGUUACGCUUAAAUCGUUUGUUUAUUAAUGACAUAAUUAUAUUAAUAAGUAAAAUGAAUUUUAAAUAAAGUUUAAAACUAGAA